CUGUGCAUACAAUCACUUUUUUCCGUAUUUUCAAUUUUUUUUUACCUAACCGGACAAGAAAUAGCUACAUAUUUAUCAGUUAAAUUUAGUGAUUCACAUUCAGAAUGCACAACACAACGAUGUGUCCGAACAGCUGCUCGUCUUCUAUCCAAAAUGAAUCCAUCAGUGGAUCCAUGUAUCGAUUUUUACGAUUAUGCAUGUGGUCAAUGGAUCAAUAAUUCUGUAAAUCUCAACUAUCCUUCGUGGAAUGUGUUAUAUGAAACAAAUAUGAGGGCACAUGACAAAAUUGUUCACGCGAUGCUUAAAGGUACGUCGGUCUAA